GGGACUCGUUCCCGCUUGCUCGUGUGCGUCGCGCGCGUCAGUGUGGGUUUGAUCGGUGUGUGAUUGGGUGAUUAUAGGUCCAUCACGCACACGCACGCACACACAAGGACACACACACACACACACACACACUCCAUAUACGUGUGAUUACACUAUAAUUACGCGGGGGGACGUCAAGCAGCUCCAUCACACAUUAUACAUCGCAUCACGCUCCGUGGCUUCAUCCCACGGUUCACCGGGGCUGCAGCAGCUCACGUUCUGCUUCUGAUCAAUGUGGACUGAAGCCCAAUUGUGUUUACAGUAAUCUCCAGAUGCUCUAAAAGUCCACAGUUAUAGCUCACUGGUCAGAUCUGCACCCCCCCCCCCCACACACACAUUCAUCAUCUGAUCCCCUGGAGGACACCCGCCUGUGGAUGGUGAAGUGUGUGUACGUGCGUGGUAUAAUGGCUGGUGUGUGUGUGCGCGAGCAUUUUGGGGGUUUGAGGGGAAACGCGCAUGAGUUUUUUUUAAUUUCUUAUUAUCUUUUGAAUUGUCUGAAACACUAUUCUGACUGCAAUGAGGAUGACUUCAUUGUGUAGCUGCCGUCGGGAGCAUGUGUAUGAGUUCAGCGGCACUCACUCCGCCGCAGAUGCGCGCAACUCUUUUCCCUGAGACUGUCAGCAUCCAACAGAAGCGUCGCCCCAGACCAAGAUCAAGGACGCACACGUCCACGUCUCCUCCUCUGCCGUGGCCCUGGUGGUUGAAGCACCAGGAGCCAUUCCACCACGUGCCGCACACGGCCGACGGUCGGGUCAGAUCCAAAUGGAAGCUCAUUGGAUGACCCGGGUUGACCUCCAGCAGAGGCGGCUGGAGAUGCGCAGCAGACGAGAUGCGCAGCGCCUCCACUGAGGAAAUGGAGUUACAGAGAGAGACAGCAGAGAUCACAGCUGUGUGGCGGCUGCCUGUCUUUGUGCAAGGUGACUUGGGACAAUGUGCACUCGAGCAGAGGCGGCAAAGACUAAAUAAUCCAUUGUCACUGUAGGCUCAGCAUUUUUUAAUAUUGGUGGUUGCCUGUUGAGGUGACGCGUGUAGGUCUUUGAAGCUUUGUGGUUCAUAUGACAAAUCAGAGAGUGGCAGUUCCCGUUUUUCCAACUAAUUCAGAAAAAUUCAUCUGUGAUCCAUCACUGUUUCUUUGGCAGGCAGCAUGCAGGGGCCUCAUCUCUCCGAACCGGAGAAGAUGUGACGAGCUGACUGACGCUUUAGUGGCUUGAAGUAAAAGGAGAACAAUUUUGAUUCAUCGCGACGUUCUGCCCCGGCCAGCUAACGGAUGUCGUGCAUCUCUGAGAAAUCCUUGGAUGAUGCUGAUCCCCCCCCCCCCCGUUUUUUCUGCAUGUCUCGAUGGUGAAUUUGUGGCUGCGGCAGUUGAGGACCAACCUGUCUUGUUUUUGAUCUGGCAGAUAAACUCUCCCUUCUGUUGUCUUGUCAUGCAGGGGCUGCCUGCUUGUGAUGCCACUUGUGCGGUUGGGAAAUAUGCUGUUGUGACCACUCGGCUCCCUUUCCUGUCAUCCUGCUAAUGCAUUUUUCUUCCAUGGGGACAGUUGGAGGUGAGGGAAAGAAAACAACAUGAUUCUCCUCUCUCCCCAUUGCCUGCUUUUGGCUGGAUCUUGGCGGCACCUUUCCCUUCAUCUCAGCCUUUGCUCUCCUUUCGUGGCUCAGAUUUGCUCUGAUCAGCGCGCCGCAGACUUGAAACUGGGCUCCCCGGGGCGCAGGUGACCCCACAGUUCAAACGCUGUCAGUCUGCCCACUUUCAUUCGCUCCUUUCAUCCCCUUUGUAGCCACCUCCACCCGCCAUCUCUGUCUUUCUUUCUUUCUUUCUUUCUGUCUUUCUGCCGCUCGUCUUCCUGCUCUCAGCCAUGGAGAUGAAGCUUGUCAGACGGGGCUUUUUCCACUGAAGCUUGUCCUUGUCACAUCUCGUGUCCAUCUCUGUUACAACAGUCUGUGUUUGCAUGUGUGGGAAAAAGCACAAUCCCAAAAUAUACGUGGGAGGAAAAUACAGAGUGAGCAGGAGGUUGGGGAAGAAAAUGAAGUCACGUGUGUGACUGAGUUUGAUGCAGUUUGAUGUGUAUGCAUGCGUGUGCUGGUUCUUGCCAUGAGUGAGUGGGUGUUGCUGUCGGGGGGGAACAAGUGUGAGAGCAGAUGGACUGUUAAAAUAUACUCUCAUAUUAAUUCCAUAUCAUAUGUCUUAUUAAUUUGAGCAUUGAUUCAAUAAUCUUGUUUUUAUUUGACUUAGGAAAAGAAUGUAGGGAUCCCGCUGUGGCUUAUUGAACAGCCAUUAAAUCUUCAAUCAUUUUUCACUCAAUCAUUUUUUUGAUUUCUAACUUUUUAAAUGUUCAAGUUUCGUUGUUUAUUUCUUCGUAACUGUUCGUACCUUACUGUAUAUACAAAUCAUUUUCUCCUGCUCAACCAUUCCCUUCACCACUGUGCAAAGGGGAUAAAAUAAUAAUCUACAUCUCAUAUACAACCAUGUUCCCAACAUAUGCAACUACACAUAUGCACCUGGCUUACAAACAUGCAUGCACAAAUAUACCCCUGAUAAUUUAAACAUGCACAUUGAUUCAUUAAUUCCUGUAUAGAUACACCCACUGGAAGCAUGUGGACAUAAAUAAACAUGCCUGCAUACAUCUGCACUAUCUGCCUCACACCUUAUGGGUCGGUUUAUACAAGUAUGACAUGUUGUUCGACCACAUUGGAAAUCAAAAUUGAACUAAUUAGCCAAUAAAACAAUAUUUGCACAUAUUCCCAACGCAUCAACUCAAGCAUGCGUGCACACAUUACAUAUACCCUGUUGCAUCCUGUCCCUACAUGUGUCCUUGUCCUUUUCUGUCAAUAGCUUUGCCCUUUUUACUUUUAUUAUGAGCAAGUCUGACAUGAUUUCAUCUGCCACUAUGAAAAAAACUGAAGGACAAGGACAUUUGUGCCAUUUCAUGUUCCGAAGCAGACGCCGUGCCACGCGAGGUUGAACGUACAGCGGAGCGGCUGCCAGUCUUCUCAGCGAUGGUCGCGCUUAUUCAUUUAAUGAAAUCUUAAAUUAAUUGAAUCUCUAAAUGAAUGUGGCCAGUAUUUCUCUGAUGUUAAUAUGCUCUCCGUGGCACCUUAAAGGGAGAUCAUGUUAUUCCCGAAAGCAGCAGCCAAUGUGACCUCAAGUGAUAAUUAUGGAAAACUAUAGUGUUAUAAGUAGAGACGAGUCAUACAGUCAGCAGACGGAGUGAAUGUCAGCCACACAGCAACAUACCAUAUGCCACCAUAAAUUCAAGUGCAGCUAAAGUGCAUUUUAUUGAUCAUAAAUUCAACUUUUAAUUUGUUAGAGGAAGAAUGUGUAAUUUCUUCUUCCAUAAGUUUUACAUUCUCACUUUUGAAUCAGAAGAGUUUAUCGUGUACUUUGCUUCCAGAGAAAUACAGGUUGGACGGUGAUUCAACAAUAAGCGUUUGCGUGCUUGUGCGUGUGCGUGUGUGUGUGUUUCGUCUGAACAGAUGCGUUUUCCCGAGGUGACCUUAGUACCUUUAAUGUGCAGGAGGGACAAGAGGAGGACCAGUGACAGAUGGACCGAGGAGUACAUUUUCUCAGAGCUCGCGGACCCAUGUGCCCGUACGCACCUUUCUGCGUGUACACGCCGACACUGUCAGACCCGAUGUCCUCUACAGAUCACCAGAGCAAGACCGGUCCCACAGCUCUCAACCUUUCACACCGUCUUUGUGUCUCUACGCUCAGUCUGUGUCCUUUUCCUCCAGAGGCUCUGAUUCCCACAUCCACCGAGGAUUUGAGUCUGGAAUAGUCAGAGAGGAGAGGAGAGGAGAGGAGAGGAGGGUGGUGUGUUUCCCCACUUCUAUCUCCAUCUCUCCCGACUGUCAGCUGCCCGCUCACGAAAGGCUCUCGGGAUCUCUUGUCGCUCUCUCCCUCCUUAUCUAUCUCCGUCGGCCUCGCCGCGGUGCGGCUCAGUGCAGCAUGUACUAUUGGCAGGGAUACAUUACAUGAAACAUAUUGCCAAAGUGUCAAAAUAUUACACUGGCGAAGCCCUCGGAGCGACAAGUCCCCUGAAUCAGAGCAGAGAAAUCGCUCCGAUGCAUACGACAGCGGGGGGGCCGUGGCUGAUUGAUGCCCUGUCACGCCCUGGGGUCUCGCGGUGAGGUGUUGGGGGGCAGCAGGGGAUUGUCUGGUGGGGGCAGGGAGUCACCUGAACUGACGGGGUUAAGAAAAGGUAGUAAGUGACAGGACUUCAGUGCUUUUCCUCUGGAAGGGCACUGAACAAAGAGCAGGCAGGAGAGAGACGGCGAGGGAAUGAGCGCUAGAUGACAAUAAUGAUGGUAUUUGUCAGAACAAUGAGAGUGGAAUAUUUGAUUUUUUUUCUUGGUGCGUGGCUCCAUUGAAUUAUAAUACGAUUACAUAAUUUGUCACUGAUUCAGCCACAAGGAGACGGCGGUUUCUCCCAGAAAAUGAGCAUUGUCGGAGUGGAAGAAACGACGCUCCCUCCACAGGGACCUGCGUUUCAAAAAAAUAAAAAAGGGGCUCAUUACCACGCUGGUAGCCGGGGUUUGAAUUGCACACACACAAACACACACACACACACACACACACACACACACACACACAGAGACAUGCAUCUUUUUUUAACCUCUAGUUUCCUCAUUCUCACAUACACACACACAUACACAGAGAGAAAAUCACAAUCUAAAUGUGUGUGUGUGUGUGUGUGCUCCGCAGGGAGAAGAUGCCAUUCCACCAUGUGCGGGCGGGCCUGCUCUAUCCAGACAACUACCUGAGCAGCUCCCUGACAGAGGGCAGCGAAGCCUUCCAGCUCACCAGCCUCUCCACAGAGGAACUGGGAGAGAUCCGCGAGGCGUUCCGCGUUUUGGACCGUGAUGGGAAUGGCUUCAUCUCCAAACAGGAGCUGGGCAUGGCCAUGCGCUCCCUGGGUUACAUGCCCAGCGAAGUGGAGCUGGCCAUUAUCAUGCAGAGACUGGACAUGGACGGGGACGGCCAGGUGGACUUCGAGGAGUUCAUGACGAUACUGGGGCCCAAGCUGCUGUCGUCCGACAACAGAGAGGGAUUCCUGGGCAACACCAUUGACAACAUCUUCUGGCAGUUUGACAUGCAGCAGCUGUCCCUGGAUGAGCUGAAGCAGGUGCUGUUCCACGCCUUCCGCGACCACCUGACGAUGAAGGACAUCGAGAACAUCAUCAUCACCGAGGAGGAGAGCCUCAACGAAACCUCAGGGAACUGCCCUGAGUACGAGGGGGUCCAUCCUAAGAAGAAGAAUCGUCAGACAUGCGUCAGGAAAAGCCUGAUCUGCGCCUUCGCCAUGGCGUUCAUCAUCAGUGUCAUGCUUAUCGCGGCCAAUCAGAUGCUGCGGAACGGCAUGGAGUAACCAAUUGCACUGUGAGCACGAGGAGUGGACAGAACAGCCACCACCUCACAUCUUGUCCUCUGCAGCCAAAGCUGGACCAGCCACAACCCAAGCACUUCUCUAAACAAUCAGUUGAAGUAUAUCGGUUUUUUUCUUUUCCCGUUUACGAUUAAUUUGAACUUAACCUUAAGGCAGACAAUGUGAGUGAAAUGGAGCGGGAUGUAUCUGUGAUGUAUUGGGGAUAACACCAUGCAGAGUCACUGAAAUCAAUGGUCCAUGUUUUCUAUGAAUUGUGAAAAUAAAUGACGGAGUUUUAUUUUGCUGUUGUCAAGAUCAAGACCGCUCUUUAAACUUGAUUUUCUGUAUUACAGAAAAUGCUCAUCAGGUGCUUCGAGCCAUUACUGAUUUAAAAAAACAACAACGACGUUUUAUUGACCCCCAGAGAAGUUGCACUGAAUGUGAACCGAGCGAAUGUGGGCACAGAAUGUUGGGCGCUGUCUUUAAAUGCAUAGUAAAAUCCCUCUCACCUCAUCUGGUCGUGUGUCAACAUCACAACCUGCUUGUGAGACACUUACAUCCUCGGCUCAGUCCACUAAUCCUGGGCAACAUGGAGUAUUUUGGUUCAUCUACACGGAGCAAAACUCAAUACUCAGCGAGGGACUUACUUUCCCGCUCUCUCUGUUCUUAUCUUGCCGAGCGAUUGACCGGUGACUCGACAUUUGUGCGUGAGAGACGGUGUUGACCAUAGUCGGUACACACUGUAACAUACGCUCAGGCUGUCUGACAGGUGUACGAGAUAUGAAUACAUUUUUAAAAAGAAACAAGGGACAUCCAAUGAAUGGAUCUUAUCUCUAUCCAAUGAAAUUAGAGGUAUGGGUUCUGGAUGACAAAAGGAAGAGAUGAACUAUUUUUAGUCAUGUGUUGGGAGAGAACGCUUCACGUCUGCGUCUCAUUGUAAUAUUGCUCAACAUGUGUAUACACUGCCAUAUGCCGGACAUUUCCCCAACUCCAGUUUCCCAUGGAUUUCACUGCUACUCAGCUUGUGCAUUGUACUAUUCCUCUCAACAGCAGAAUGUAUGAAGGGUAGAAAAAAACUCGUGAGAGAUAUUUCAGGGAUCCACAGCAGGGCUGUGACGUGCGGUUGCCGCAGCCGUUUGCUUGGAAAAGGCUGCAUUCUAGUGGCUAAGAUGAAAAACUGCAGCCGAAUGCUUGGUCAGGUGCUCAAAAGUGUGUGUGUGUGUGUGUGUGUGUGUGUGUGGCUGUGUGUGUGUGUGUGUGUGUGUGUGUGGGAGGGGGACGACGACGACAACGACGUUUUGAGCAUUGGUGUGUGCUGUGUCAAUGUGGGACAGCUUUUUUGGUCUGAGCUGGUGAACAUUCACCAUUUCUAAGGGCAAAAACUAAGUUUGGGUUGGGGGGGGUUGUUCCCCCUCACAUCCCAAAAAGUGCUGUCACAGUUUGGGAUGAGGUGAGAGACUGAAGGUGACAACUGCAGGGCCAUGCGAUCGUACCCGGGCUCACAGCUACGGUUUAUGUUUUAGAUGUGAUAGAGCUGCAGCCUUUACGAAGCUUACCGGGAUGAAAAAGUUUGGAAAGGACCUUGUAGGUGUUUACAAUCACGCACGCUCCUCUUUUAUUCUGGAGCUGCCCAAGGUUGAACGUCCAAAUGACACCACAGAUUCAUUUUUGAGCCCGAAAAUGUUAUUUUUGUUAUUGUUUUUUUUUCGUUGAUGUGGGUACGGGCCUGGGCAAUAAAGAGAUGUCACUGUUUAUCUACUGUCAUUGGAAUUGUAUUGUGAUGUAAAUGUUCAAAAUCUGUUAAUGUUUUGUUUUUUUUCAAAAUUCAAUUGUCUAAACAAAUAAUUACAAAAUAUGAUCACGUUUUUUGGUGACAACAUUUAAAGCAUCUGUGGAACACUUUUCAUCACAGUGAACAUCAUUUCCAUUAUUAAUUUUUAUUUCAAUGUGAUUGUUUUGUGAUAUUAAGAGGAUGUCCUCAAAAAUAUUGAGAAUAUUGAAAUAUAAUAUUGACAAUUUUAGAUUUGUCAAUGUCCAUUGUUCGUGAUCACAACAUUAACAUAUAUGGAUUAUCUAAAUUGCACGGUGCUCCCCUUGGACAUUACUGGAUCAAAGACUGUUUCAUAUCCAUUGAGUCCCUGGAGCAAUUAUAUAUUAUUAUUUGUUCUCUCGUCUUUUGCUGGGCUGGAUGAAAAGAAAAACUCAAUAUGUCAGUCACACAUACGUGCAACCGUGUUAUAUAUGCUGUCUGCUUGGGACAACAUAUAAAGAAGGCAAAAGAGGGGAGAGGGCGUUCCUUUCAAGGAAAUAAAAAAACCCAGCUCUCUCAGAUCAAGUACUACGGCAAAAAUGUAUUAUACUGUAAAUCAGUAUGCAUGUUGUUGUCUCAAUUUUCCAUGUCUUUUUGAAAGACAGUGAAAUCUAUGUAUUCUUUGCGAGCCUUGAUUUAAAUGUAGGUAUGUAUGUACUACUGUCACAUGUUUUGACUUUCCAAUUUAUACUGUAACAGCCAUUUUUCUAGUUCCUACCAGCUAUUAAUCAAAUCAGAGUGCAGGGGAGGACAUUUUCAUGAAUAUGCAAAAACAAGGUCACAUCAUCGUCGUCGUCGUCGCGUCAUCAUCAUCGUCAUCAGUUCCACGUCAUCUAGCGUGUAGGCCUCACUGUGGAUGGUUAAAACUGACAAUAUAUUGUGUGUUUUAGUCACAUUAGUGUUUUUUUUAUAGAAAUGUUUCCCACUGCCUCAUAGUCCUGUGUAAACUGCUGUAUACUGUAUGCUACACUUAUCCUUGUGAGUCAGUUCAUGUCUUUGAUAUUUCUCAGCACAUUUCAACGUUUGACCGACGGACCAUGCUUUCGCCUUUGUCUCUUGGCGUCAUGGUCCUUUUGAAACCAGCAUAGAUCACGUUAUCUUUACAACUCUCUAAUUAAUUGUGGCAUUCAGACGUCCCCGUGUGGCUACUGUACGUAAGGGGAGAAAAAAAAAUGACAAAAAAAAAAACUUUUAUCAACACUUUUGAAGUUUACAUUAUUAUACUGUACCAGGAGGGAAUCGGUUCAUGAUUUUCAUGUUUUUGAAAGUUUGUUUUGGGGAUUUGUUUUUACCAAAACAUGUUUUUACCUUGUAGAUUGUAUAGAAAUAAAACUAAACACGGAUAUGUAAUACAACCUUGGCAUGCUGCUUAGAAAAGGUGAAAGAAAAACAGCAAUAGUUACCGACUGGAUAUCUAAAAAUCCAAAUAACAAGUUUAAUCUGUUUAAUCUAAAACAAAGAACAAAAAAAUUAUAUAUAUAUAUAUAUCCAUAUAUGUUUAUGCAAUAAAACCUUGUUUUGAUAGAAA